GCCGCGGUUCCGCCCGCCGCGCUCGGGGUGCGGGGCCCCGCGGGGCGAUCGCCGGCCGGGGGGGUGUCGGGGGCGGGCCCCGGGCCGAGGCGGGGGGCGGGCGGGCAGAUCCCACCCCUUCCUGAAGGCAGCGCCCCGCUCGCCGACACUGCAGCCGCCGCCGCCGCCGGUGCAGCCCCGCCAGGCGCCCCCGCAGCCCGGAUCAGCAUGGGGUCUGUCUGUCUCGGGCACUGAUGCUGUCCUGUCCUUGCAGAGCUGCAGGUAUGGAUGGGAAGAAAUGCAGCGUGUGGAUGUUCCUGCCUCUCGUCUUCACCGUGUUCACCUCCGCUGGGUUAUGGAUCGUAUACUUUAUAGCUGUAGAAGAUGACAAAAUUUUCCCAUUAAAUUCAGCUGAAAGGAAACCUGGGGUGAAGCACGCACCGUAUAUAAGCAUUGCAGGUGAUGAUCCUCCCGCCAGCUGUGUGUUCAGUCAAGUGAUGAACAUGGCCGCCUUCCUGGCUCUGGUGGUCGCGGUUCUGCGCUUCAUACAGCUGAAACCGAAGGUCUUAAACCCGUGGCUCAACAUCAGUGGGCUGGUGGCCCUGUGUCUCGCCUCCUUCGGGAUGACCUUACUUGGUAAUUUCCAGCUGACGAAUGAUGAAGAGAUCCACAACGUGGGGACUUCCUUGACGUUUGGCUUCGGCACGCUGACCUGCUGGAUCCAGUCUGCGCUGACGCUGAAAGUCAACAUCAAGAACGAAGGCCGGAGAGUGGGAAUUCCACGCGUCAUCCUCUCGGCGGUGAUCACUCUCUGCGUGGUCCUCUACUUCAUCCUCAUGUCCCAGGGCAUCCACAUGUACGCGGCCCGGAUCCAGUGGGGCCUGGUGAUGUGCUUCCUGUCUUACUUCGGCACCUUGGCCGUGGAGUUCCGGCACUACCGUUACGAGAUCGUUUGCUCCGAGUACCAGGAGAAUUUCCUGAGCUUCUCGGAAAGCCUGUCCGAGGCGUCCGAGUAUCAGACUGACCAAGUGUAACGCACGAGCUUUUCCUCGCUGGUGAGGUAGGAAAGGGGCCAGGGCACGAAGGACCUGCCACAUAGCCUCCUACCGCAUUUUGUACACACACACUCGCACACACACACACACACACACAAACACGCACACACUCACACGCGCACACACGCACACACACACACACGCACACACAUGCACACACGCACAAACACACACUCACACACACACAAACACACACGCACACACACACACACACACACACACACACAUACAGACAUGUUCAUGGCCACGUCUGCCAAAUGAACGCUUCCGGGCCAGUCGUUUCUCCGAGGAAAAGCACAGCCCUUGAAGUGGCCUCGCCAUUGGCCUGCCCCCAUGUGCCCGUGCAUGAUCGCGCUGCCCCCUCGCCCUCUCCCGGGCUCCCCGUCUGCUCAUUCCCUUCACCCAUCCCCCACACGGCGGUUGCCCACCCGGAGAGCCAGGCGUGCCCAACGGAACACGGGGCCGACACCAACUCCCAGCGUUGCCUGCAGAGCCGCAGGGCUCGGAAUGCGCUUCCCGAGGAACUUCCCUGGGCAGGACAGAGACCGCGUGUGCGGGGAGUGUGGCCUGGGGUCUGGGGAAGCGCCUGGCCUGGGUGUCCCGCUUUCCUGAGACACUGCCACCGUCUCGGUUCCCUGGUUGGCUGUGUGGGUCCAGGAGAGGCACCAGCUCUGGCCCGUGAGCAUCAAGUUGCAGCUGCCACUGGGACGUCACCUGCCGGCACCGAGGAAACAUUCCUGACCGCGAAUAUCUCCAGGGGUCCCGCCCUGCCUGCCAUGGACCGUCCUGGGUGCCAUGAGGACACACUUGCAUUUUGGCUCCCGUCAUACGUGGCCACAUGGUUUAUGUUUUAUACUUCAUGGUUUAUCCUCUUUUUUUCCUUUUUCUUUUCUUAAGGAACCAUCCUGCAUGUCUCGAGAACUCAUAGACAACGAUAUAAAUGAAAUGCAGGAGUUGAGUUUAUUCGGGGUUUAAACAUGAAAAACAGAAUGCGUGGGGGCGGGGGGAGGUCCCCGCAGACUUCGUGGCUGCCUGUUUGUCUGAAGCGAAGGAAAUGUCGGCAGAGAAGCACAGAGUCACGCGCAGGGUGAUCAGAGCAGGUCCCGCUGAUCUCUGUGGAAAAUAGGGACCUAGAGCAUCUGGUGGCAGGCAGGAGGCUUCGGGGGAGGGAGGAAGCGCUUCUCAUCCUUGAAACCUGGGGCCCCUUUUGAAAGGCUACUCCCCCCCCACCACACCCAGAGACACGGCUCUGCUGACGGACCCCCGCCCAACACUCAGAGCGGUACAGCCGGCCGUGGGCUCCCGGGAGCUGUUUCACCGACAGCAGGGCUCCGGACUCACAAGUGCUGGUGUGGGUUGUGUUCCCCUAAGUGUGUGUACUUUGCUUUGAAGACAUCCCCACAUUUUCUUCCAGUGGACCUGGGAUUUGAUAUCACAUGAAGGACUUAAAAAAAAAAAUCAGGGGCUGGAGCGAUAGCAUAACGGGUAGGGCAUUUGCCUUGCACGCAGCCGACCUGGGUUCGAUUCCCAGCAUACCCUAGGGUCCCCCGAGCACCGCCAGGAGUAAUUCCUGAGUGCAAAGCAGGGAGUAGCCCCUGAGCAUCACCGGGUGUGUGACCCAAAAAGCAAAAAAUAAAGUAAAAUAAAAUAAAUAAAAUUUUUUUAAAAUUCAACCGAGUGUCCGAGCUCACCGAGGAAGAGAGGGGUCGUGACUUUCUCCCCUCUGUGUUUCCCGCCUCCCCGCCCUGUGUCUGGCCCACCAUGGUCUGUUGAACAGAAUAGUCCGAGCCUGCGAGCAGGAGUCGCAGGAAUAUGCUGAGAUGUAAACACGCGGCUGCGCCACGUGAGUCAGAGAAGACACGUCAGGAGCAGGAGUGAGGGGGGCAGGCGGGAGGAGUCAGACGGGAGCACUCUAUUUAAAACGCUGAGAGUGGGCUGGGCAGAGAGCAGCGGGUGGGGCGCUUGCCUAGCACGUUCCAUCCCUGAAUCCGCAUAUCCCGAGGGCCGCGCCAGGAGUGAUUCCUGAGCGCACAGCCAGGCGUCACCCCUGAGCAUCACCGGGGGCGACCCCCACAAAAGGAUGAUGUUACUGCAGGGAGCCCAAGGGACGUGCACUGUGUUCAAAUAGAACUUUGGGUUCUUCUUUUUCAUUUUUCUACUUUUUAAAGUGUAUCAAGGGACAAAGUUUAGGAAGUUUCCUUUCUUAACAGGAAGUUUCCUCUACAGAGUCCGAAUUAAACCGCUUUGGGUAAAUGCACUUUCCUCAGAGCACUUGUAAUUGCACAUGUUAGCAGAAUCUGGAUUUUUGUUUUUAUCCUUUUGAAAUGCAGCAGAGGACAGAGUGCAGGAAGAGUCCUGUCACACACGGCGUUGGCGAUGCCCUUUCUUCAGAGCACAUCUAGCUGCGCACUGAGCGGGCUCGAGGUGACGGGCGUUAUCCACUGGGAUCUGACCACUCAAUAAAAUUCUUUUAUGCAGAA